AUGCGUUCCACUACGACGCCUUGGCUAGCUCCGAUUCAACGACAUCAUGACCGGCCAUUGCGGACUAAUCUUCGAGCUGUUGGCGUGAUGCUUCUCCGAGUUCUGACCUCGGGUCUGCUUCUGCACGCUGCUGCAGCCACGCAGAUUUCUGAUUCUAGUCAAAAUUCGACCAAUUUUGACGUUCUCGACUAUGUAGACCCUCUCAUUGGAACGGUCGACGGAGGCCAUGUCUUUCCCGGUGCCAGUCUGCCUUACAGCAUGGCCAAAGCCGUCGCCGACGUCAACAAGGAACUUCAGGGUGGCUUUGCUUCCAACGAUGGCGACAUCACCGGCUUUUCUCACAUGCACGACAGCGGCACUGGUGGUGGCGCCUCGCUUGGCAACUUUCCCCUCUUCGCGCAGACGGGAUGCCCCGGAAAUGAGCUGAACCGAUGCUAUUUCAACAAAAUUAUGCGCGCGUCUCAGCGCAAGAACGGCACUGUCGCUGCCCGUCCGGGCUACUUUGCUGUUUCGCUCAAUACGUCCGUCACGGCGGAAAUGACCGUCUCCAACCACACGGCUCUCUAUCGCUUUACAUUUCCUACAGACGGGGCGCCAACCAAGGAUACAGACCCGCACGUUCCAUAUAUCCCCCUCAUCAUUGCUGAUCUGUCCGACUUGUCUGAGUCGCGCAGCAAAGCCACCGUAUUGGUGGACGGGACGACGGGACGCAUCACUGGCAACGGUACCUUUCAACCCUCAUUUGGUGUUGGCACCUACGACUCUCACUUCUGCGUCGACUUCCACGGGGCACAGGUGCGUGACAAUGGUGUAUGGGUCAACAAUCGGGCCGGCAACGACCCCAAAAGCCUCAACGUAACGAACAAUGUCCCGGCCGGCGCUUGGGUCCAGUUUGGACCGCCUCAGAACAACCAGAUCCUGGCCCGCGUUGGGCUCUCGUUUAUCAGUGCUGAGCAGGCCUGCAAGAAUGCUGAAAAGGAAAUUCCCGAUUUUGGAUUCCAGGCUAUCCGUGACCAAGCGGAAGCUGCUUGGCGUUCCAAGCUCAAUGUCAUCAAAGUAGACAACACCGGCAUCGACAAGUCCCUGCAGCGGACUUUUUGGAGCAGCUUCUACAGAACGCUCAUCUCUCCUCAGGACUAUACAGGCGAGAACCCCCUGUGGAAAAGCGACGAGCCGUACUUUGACUCGUAUUACUGCAUCUGGGACAGCUUUCGCAGCACUCAUCCGUUUCUUACUCUGGUCGACCCUCACGCGCAAGCUCUGAUGGUUCGCAGUCUAAUUGACAUUUACCGUCAUGAAGGCAAGUUGCCUGACUGCCGAAUGUCUCUUUGCAAAGGGUUUACUCAAGGAGGCAGCAACGCUGACAAUUUGCUGGCCGACUCGUAUCUCAAGGGCCUGACGGACGGAAUUGACUGGGAGACUGGCUACGAGGCCGUCAUUUCCGAUGCCGAAGAUGAGCCUCCACUAUGGACUGUCGAGGGCCGUGGCGGUCUUCACUCCUGGAAGACCCUGGGCUACAUCCCCACGGACGACUUUGAUCCAUACGGCGUGGGCAUCUACACGCGCAGCAUCUCGCGCACCAUCGAGUACAGCUACAACGACUUUUGCAUCGCCGAAAUGGCGCGGGAAAUGGGCAAGGUGCACGAUGCCGAAAAGUACCUCAACCGCUCCGGCAACUGGCUCAACAUGUUUGACUCGCAGUCGCGCUCGCGCCUCAACCUCACGGGCAGCAAGAACCCGGCCGACUUUGUCGACAGCGGCUUCCAGGGCUUCCUGCAGCCGCGGUACCUCAACGGCACCUUUGGCUACCAGGACCCGGCCAUCUGCACCGACCUCUACAACUUUACCUCCUGCUACCUCAACGAGGACGGCCACGAGACGUACGAGGGCGGCUCCUGGCUCUACACCUUUUACAUCCCGCACGACGUGGCGACGCUCAUCCCCACGCUCGGCGGCUCCGACGAGUUCCUGCGCCGCCUGCGCUACCUCCACGAGACGCCCGGCCUGUUCUACAUUGGCGACGAGCAGUCGUACAUUAUGCUCUUCCUGUUCCACUACAUCGGCCGCCCGGGCAUGUCGGCCGAGUACGCGCACAAGUACAUCCCCAGCGCCUUCAACGACACCCUGGUCGGCAUCCCCGGCAACGACGACUCGGGCUCCAUGGCCAGCUUCACCGCGCUCACCAUGAUGGGCCUGUUCCCCAUGAGCGGCCAGAACGUCUACCUCAUCACCGCGCCCUUCUUCAGGGAGUUUAGCCUGCUCAACUCGGUCACCGGCAAGACGGCCACGGUGCGCACGCGCAACUUUGACGCGGCGUACAAGAACAUUUACAUUCAGAAUGCCACGCUCAACGGCCAGCCACACAUGCAGAGCUGGCUGACGCACGAGUUCUUCAGUGACGGCGGCGUGCUGGAGCUGCACUUGGGGCCGAGAGAGAGCGGAUGGGGUAGUGGUGCUGACCAUAUCCCACCGAGUGCUUCGACGCAUUUUUGGAAGUAA